AACACCGAGCCUAGAGACAUGGGAGUUCGAGGAGCCUUCCACCUUCUGCUCGUGUGCCUGAGCCCAGCACUGCUGUCUGCUGUGCGGAUCAAUGGGGAUGGCCAGGAGACCCUGUACCUGGCGGAAGGUGAUAAUGUGAAGCUGGGCUGCCCCUACGUCCUGGACCCUGAGGACUAUGGUCCCAAUGGGCUGGACAUCGAGUGGAAGCAGGUCCACCCAGACCCGUCAAAUCAGGACAACGUGUUCCUUAGGUACCAGGACAAGAGGAUCAACCACGGCAGCCUCCCCCAUCUGCAGCAGAGGGUGAACUUUGCAGCCUCAGACCCCAGCCAGUAUGAUGCCUCCAUCAACCUCCUAAACCUGCAGGUAUCCGACACAGCCACCUAUGAGUGCCAGGUGAAGAAGACCACCACGGCCUCUCGGAAAGUCAUCAUCACUGUUCAAGCGCGGCCCGCAGUGCCCAUGUGCUGGACGGAGGGCCACACGACCAAAGGCAAUGAUGUGGUGCUGAAGUGCUUUGCCAGUGCCGGCACCCAGCCCUUCUCCUACAAGUGGGCCAAGAUCAGUGGGCACAUCCGCCCUUACCGCGCCGGGUCCUACCACUUGCAGCACGGCUACCCCUCUGAGCACUCCUACCACGAAUCUUUUCACAGCUCCAUUGAUCGAGAUCUGGGCAACGGGGACCUGGUGCUGCAGGACCUCUCCCGCAAGGAUGACGGGCUGUAUCAGUGCACAGUGGCCAACUUUGUGGGCUACAGUGUGUGCGUGGUGGAGGUGAAGGUCUCAUACUCCUGGCGCACAGGCGUGAUCAUCGGCGCAGUGCUGGGCUCUCUGCUCAUACUGGGCUGCCUGUUGCUGGGCAUCUGGGGGCUCGUCUGCUGCUGCUGCAGGCGCUCCAGGGCUGGCGGCCCCUGCGGUGUCUUCGGCUACCGCAACUGCGGCGGGGUCAGCGGAGGGGCCUGCGACUUGGCUUGUGAGAUCAGAGACGACGCCGUGGCGCCCGGGUGCAAGGCUAGCGGGCGCGACAGCCAAGUCACCCACUUCCUGGGGUAUUCGAAGCAGAAAGUCAGCAGCUCCCUGCGCCGCAAGUAUGCGCCUCCGCCCUGUGACUGCCCCGAGGACUUGGCCCUGGCGCCCUGCACCUCUGUCGCUGCUGCCUCCCGCGAAGCGGGCCCCUCCCCGGUCUACGUCAAGGUCAAGAGCGCAGAACCGGCCGAAAGCACUCAGGGGCCGCUGCCUUCUCGCAAGGACGGCCUGGUGGUGUGAGCGCGCGCGCCGCGCCGGGCUGCGCCCCGGCGGGGAGGAGGGUGCGGGGGCUCUCUGCCCGCAGCUGGGGACAAGCUCGGCCGGCUCCGACCUCGCCCGCCCCAGGCCGCCUGGCGGCUGGGGACUGAAGGCAUUUCACUCGGGAAGUGCGGGGAGGCAGAGCCUCCUCCCCGAAAGUGGGAGGGGGCGAGGGAGAGCAGAGAAAGACCAUCCAGAGCCCUCCCUGCACCCCCGGGGCCCCGAGGCUCCGGGGCAGGGAGGGAGAAGGAAGCAGAGACAGUGUCCGAGAGA